CUGCCUCAGCCAGUAGCACAGUGAGCGGCAGGCCAGCCACUAACAGAGCAGCCAUUCCCUGGGUCUUGAUGACUUCCAGAUGACAGCCCAGACAGCCUGGCUAGAGAGAAUUCAGCACUCAGUCACAGACAGAGAGAGAGGGGGGAGGCAGAGAUAGGGAAGGGUAGGAGAGAGAGAAACAGAGACACAGACAGACAGAGUGGUGGAGAGGAAAGGAUGAAGCAGUUGCAUAUGAAGUGGUUUAGCAGUGCUCCAGUCAGCGUUCUUACCUCAUUCUCCUGAUGGUUGUUUGUACACAGCUCUCUCCAGCUGGGGCCUGGCUGGCUGCUUUGAUUGGCUGGUGACUGAUCCACAUUCAGAUCCCAGGGAGACAGACAGACGACAGGGCAGUGUCAGUGUAUGUGUGCUGGGCCGAGAGUCAGCAUGAUGCAUCGGUGGGGUUUACUCAUCACUGUGUUCUACUGCCAGCUGUAUCUGGCUGCUGCUCAACACUGGAGGAAAGCCCUUUACCCAUCAGCUUUUACGGUGAAGCGUGGCACACACUCAUUGGUCAACCCCACCUUCCAGAACUCUGUGGAAGAUGUUAACCUGCUGUUUGAGAUCCUGCUGGCAGGCCUGCAGAUCGAGGGUGAGGACAAGCCCUUCGUGAUCCCAGACAAGGAGCUGGCGUCUCUGAGGAGGGUCCAAAAGCUGGAGGUUAUCUGUGAGGACGUCCUGCCCAAGAGACUCUCCGAGAUCAGACGUCUGACCUCCCACCUGUCCCAGCGCAGAGGUGCCCUAAGCAGGGAGGACUUUGAGCGCACAGUGCUCACUAUGGUGUACACUGCCCAGACUCUAGCUCAUACCACCUCCCAACACCAGAAGGCGCUGUGGGGAGACGCCCUGCUGCAGCUGUUCAGGGCCAUUCAAGAAGAUCUGACGCCUCCACCCAGGACACCUCAGCACAACUAGUGUUAUGGACAUGUGGACACAUUCUUUUAGAUACUGUAAUAUACUGAUCAUUUUAUAUUGUAACACAAGUCACUUUUUGGCAGAAAAUUGAAAGGAUGUUUUCUAUUGAGUUGUAUUGUAUAAUCAAAAUGACUGUUCUGAUAAUGUAAUGUGUUUGGUUAUGAUCAAAUGAUAUGAUCUAAUCAUAUUGAAAGGAGGAUGUGGGAAAAGGAGGAAUGUGAACAAUAUCCUGUUCAUGUUCUAUCUACCGGAUUCCGCCUUGUUCCAGGACUUCAGAUGUAAACAAACAUUUUAAAUAUUUCAUCAGUCACUCUGUCAUGAUUCAUUACAGGUCUUUAUCAAAUCUUCUGUCAUAAUCUUCUCAGUUGUUUAUCACAAUCACAUAAUCUUUUCCCAGGACAGUCCUGUUGCGAAAAGGAGCUUCAUGAAAAAAUAGUUCCAUGAGGUGCAGAAAUAUUGUAUUGAACUGUAACAUUGCUUUGGUGAAGACAGGGGUAUCAAUUUGCUCAGCUUAUUUCUCUGCAAUUGAUAUUAUAAUAAAAUAAUGAUCAAUA